AUGGCAUUGCCAAGCAUAAACCCAAGGCACAGGAGGAACACCAAGCCCGCCGAAUCGGCCAGCAACCACCUGCAAACACGGCGCCUGUUCCCUCAGCUGAAGAGUCGUGUGGUUUUCAGGAGAGCCGAGGGCUCGGCACAAGCGCAGCCGCUUUUCCCGGGCUCCCACCCGGCCGCAGAAAGGCGCGGACGGCAGGCCCAGCGCCGCCCUGCCCGCCCCGGCCCUCUACGGCAGCACCGCCGCUUCCAGCGAGAUCCGCUUGCGUUUUUGGCCGUAACUCCCCCCAACAAACGGGAGGACAAAGGAGAAGUCCUGUCCCCUCAACAGCAGCGCUUCCCUGAAGAGCAGUCUGAAUAUUUGGGACCAGUCACCGCUUCUACUGUUCAACCUGUGAGUCAGAGCGAUGUCUGCCUGAUCCUACCAGCAGUUCCUGGUGAGAAUGAUUCUCCUUUGCCUGUUUCAUCGCGUGUCUGUUUUGUAAAGUUCCAUGAUCCUGACUCGGCAGUUGUGGCCCAGCAUCUGACAAACACUGUAUUCGUUGACAGAGCGUUGAUAGUCGUACCAUAUGCAGAAGGAGUUAUUCCUGAUGAGACUAAGGCUUUGUCUCUCUUGGCACCAGCUAAUGCUGUGGCAGGUCUGCUGCCUGGAGGUGGACUCCUGCCUACUCCCAACCCACUUUCUCAGAUUGGUGCUGUUCCUUUAGCUGCUUUAGGAGCUCCUGCUCUUGAUCCUGCCCUAGCUGCUCUUGGGCUUCCUGGAGCAAACUUAAACUCUCAGUCUCUUGCAGCAGAUCAACUACUAAAACUUAUGAGCACAGUGGAUCCAAAGUUGAACCAUGUAGCUGCAGGUCUUGUUUCACCAAGUCUGAAAUCAGAUACCUCCAGUAAAGAAAUAGAAGAAGCUAUGAAAAGAGUACGAGAAGCACAGUCAUUAAUUUCUGCUGCUAUAGAGCCAGACAAAAAAGAUGAAAAACGAAGGCAUUCGAGGUCAAGGUCACGCUCAAGGAGGAGGAGGACACCUUCUUCAUCUAGACACAGACGGUCAAGAAGUCGAUCAAGGAGAAGGUCCCAUUCAAAAUCAAGAAGCAGGAGGCGAUCUAAAAGUCCAAGGCGAAGAAGAUCUCAUUCCAGAGAGAGAAGCAGAAGGUCUAGGAGCACGUCCAAAACCAGGGAUAAAAAGAAGGAAGAGAAAGAAAAGAAACGUUCUAAAACUCCCCCCAAAAGCUACAGCACAACUAGACGAUCAAGAAGCACAAGCAGAGAAAGACGACGUAGAAGAAGCAGGAGUGGAACACGGUCACCUAAGAAACCCAGGUCUCCUAAAAGGAAAAUGUCCCGGUCCCCAUCUCCAAGAAGACAUAAAAAGGAAAAAAAGAAGGAUAAAGACAAGGAGAGAAGUAGAGAUGAGAGGGAGCGGUCAACAAGCAAGAAAAAAAAAAGCAAAGACAAAGAGAAGGAUCGAGAACGAAAAUCCGAGAGUGAUAAAGAUGUGAAAGUCACAAGGGAUUAUGACGAAGAAGAACAAGGAUAUGACAGCGAGAAGGAGAAAAAGGAAGAAAAGAAAAUGGCAGAUUCUUCCUCCCCUAAAGUAAAGGAGUCUGCUGCCGAUAAAGGAAGUGGAGAUUCAGCAAGGGAAUCCAAAGUAAAUGGGGAUGAUCAUCAUGAAGAGGACAUGGAUAUGAGUGACUGAAUUUUGCCUUUGCAGUGAACGCAGCUGCAGACGUGCAUCAGUGUCAUUCCUGUGUGAUUCUUUUAUGCUGUACUUGUUAAUCCUAAAUCUAGAUGUAUACAGCUCUAAGCUAUACAUGGUUUGUAAAUCUCCUGAUACUAACUCACAUCAAAAGCUUUAUAGAAAGGUAACCAUUCUUGUUACGGCCGAAAGGGAUUGCGUAGCCAAGCAAUUUUUACUAACUUGGUGAUGCUUCAAGCAAAAGUAAAAAGCUGCAUGCAUCUACAGCAGGCAUGGACUGUUUGUUGUAUGAUCUCCUUUAGUAAAUCAGCUCACUUAUGAUAGUGUUUCUAGAAUUUGAUUCAUUGCAGUAAUAGAGCAGUAUAGGGAAUGCACUGACUGCAUGUUGAUUGUGGCAGAAACAUCCUAAAUGUUCUAAAGUCCUACAACAUACGGUGGAUCUACUUAAGGGUCUUAAGUGUGACUACACAAAAAAAAUUGACAGUACAUCUGAAAAUAAGCAUUCUGAUAUAGGUAGUUUUUUGGUUUUGUUUUUUUUAAGCCAUGUGGCUGGGGUUGUUUUGUUUUGUUUUGUUUUUCCCAGUGGGUUUUGUUUGGCUUUGACAAAGUUAAAAUGCACUAACCUUUUUGAGGGCUUUUUUUAAUCUGUCAGUUCAAAUCCAUCUCAGGCGAGUUGUAAUGGUUCUUAACUUUUCUUCUUGAGCCUUGGGAAGUGAAAAUCUCUGCUUGAUCGGUGCCCAGUGAUUAAAGGUUGAUUCAUGCAGUUUUCAUAAUCCAGGUCGUUUUAUUUGUUUAAUGAGCUAAACACAUUGCAAAAAGGUAGUGCAUUUUAAAAUUGACCUUUGUAUGCUUUUAAAAGCAAGUCUACUUGAUAAUGUACUUUUUACUUGAUCUCAAGUUGUAUAAACUAAUAAAUUUGUGUUUACUGUCACUGCAGUAGUAAUCUUAUGCACACAGUGAUUCCAUGUUAUAUGCAAAGUAGUUAGGCAAGCUGUUUUCUUAGUUACAGAAGUUCAAGAGCUUUUACUUUUGUGCAGGUAAAAAGGCAAAAGUAGGCUACAGUCUGUGCCAUGUUGAUGUACAGUUUCUGAAAUUGUUUUACAAAACUUUGAUAAUAAAACCCUUAAACUUAUAC